AUGUGAAGUUCCCAGACUACUUUUAGAUUUGAUGAAUAAAUGCUUAGAUGCUGAACCUCAAUACCGGCAGACUGCUGAAGAAUUAGCCAAUACGCUAAACCAAUUUCGUCAUAAUUAUUACGAUAAAGAAACUGAAUUAUAUAAGCAGGUUAAAGGAAUUAAUAACUCUGGAAAAUUUUCCAAUCAAGUCAUAACGACACGGCUCAACUACAAGACACAUAAACAAGCUAUUUAUUCAAGUCGGCUUUUGAAAUAUCAUAACCUUUCUAAACCAUUAAAUGCUAAAUCAGUAGUUGCAG